ACGACGUCUGCAUGGAUCAACGACAUUCUACAAGGAACCAUGGCUAAAUUUGUGAUUCUUCUUGGAUUUGCUCUAGUAGCACUCGCUGCAGCCAAUCCAGGCUAUGGCAGCUACGGUGGCAGCCAAGGUGGCCAGCAAGGAGGCUUCAGCAGCCAACACGGCCAGCAAGGCCAAAGUGGUCACGGCCAGCUAGGCCAAGGUGGACAUGGUCAGCAAGGUUUCGGAGGACAAGGAGGCUUCGGCCAGGGUCAAUAUGACUACCAAUCCCAAGGCCAAUACAGUCAGCAAGGCUCGUACGGCCAGUACGGUCAGCAAGGCCAGCACGGUCACGGUGGGCACCACGGACACUAGUACUACUACAAGCAGAUUUAAUCUGUUUAGAUUAGUUACUUAAUUAUUUAUUAAAAAAAUAAAUGUA